AUGGAAGACAAUCAAGAGAACUUAGAAGGAAGUCGUAGUAGAUUGUUAGAAAGUGAAAAUGAUGAUAAUCAAUCUGAUUAUUCCAAUGUUUCAUCGGAUUCGCAAAUAUUAGAGAAUCAGGGGAGUGUGACAGGCACCAUACAAAAGCAAUUAAAAUAUUUUAGUAGGCGACUUUCACAAUUAGGAUUAGAAGGAGAAGCAGAAGUUCCUUCAGAAGUGGUUCGCUUACAAGACCCACCUCUUGCUACGUCACGUAUCCUUCAAAGACUUCCAGAGGCCACUAAUAAAGUUGUAGAAAAGACACAAAAAGAACAACUUCACAAUAGUAAUUUAGAUGAGAAGAUAAAUAUUAAAUUUCAGCCAAUUGGGAAUAUACCUGUUUUACUACCUUCUGUUUGUAAAAUAUCUUCAAAUCAAAAAUUCUCCGUAAUUUUAGCUUUUUUGAAAAAAAGAUUAAAGCUUAAAUUUGUCUAUUGCUAUAUUAAUAAUUCAUUUGCCCCUAAUCCUCAUCAAAUAGUUGGGGAGUUAUGGGAACAAUUUAAAGUGAAAGAUGAACUUAUAGUAAGCUAUUGUGGUUCCGUAGCCUUCGGUUAG